AUGACCAAUUACUCGACCAUCACGGAUGGGAAUUCCUCUGCCACCUCUCGGAGCGAUAUGCCAAGAUCUCGACGCCGCGGUGGAAAGGAUGGUGGCCACGGUGGGCGAGCCUCGACAGUCAGCAGCAUCGUCAACCUGCUAAAUACUAUUGUCGGUGCCGGAACGCUGGCAAUGCCCUCUGUCCUAUCUCAUAUGGGCAUUAUGCUCGGCGUGGUAUUAGUUUUAUGGUCGGGAUUGACGGCUGCUUUCGGUCUCUACUUGCAGUCCAAAUGCGCCCGCUACCUCGAACGUGGGAGCGCCUCUUUUUUCGCCCUGUCGCAAAUCACCUACUCGCAAGCUUCGGUUAUUUUCGAUGCUGCUAUUGCUAUCAAAUGCUUUGGAGUCGGUGUUUCUUACAUGAUCAUCAUUGGAGACUUGAUGCCGGGUGUUAUGCUGGGUUUCAAUGGCCGCGCAGACCAGAUUCCGUACUUGGUUGAUCGACAUUUCUGGAUCACAGCCUUCAUGCUCUUGGUCAUUCCCCUUAGUUUUCUUCGACGACUCGACUCGCUCAAGUAUACUAGCCUGGUAGCGUUGGUGUCGAUAGGCUACUUGAUUGUGCUGGUCAUCUAUCAUUUCGCGGUCGAUCCACACGCCGACUCCCACAAUAUCCGUGUUAUCAAAUGGGCCGGGGCUGUAGAGACUUUGAGCGCUCUGCCGAUUGUUGUCUUUGCUUAUACCUGCCAUCAAAAUAUGUUUUCAAUUGUCAACGAAAUCAAAGAUAAUACCCCUUCGAGCAUAGUUCGCGUCGUCAUAGCCAGCAUUGGAUCGGCUGCGAGCAUUUACAUAUUGGUUGCCGUUACUGGUUACAUCACGUUCGGCAACGACAUUGUGGGUAACAUUGUCUUGAUGUACCCCACUGGUGUUGCCUCAACAGUUGGCAAGGCUGCUAUUGUCAUUCUCGUCUUAUUUUCCAUCCCGCUUCAAGUUCAUCCAUGCCGAGCGUCCCUGGACGCCGUUCUAAGAUGGCGACCUAGCCCAGCCCAGCCGAAUAUCGGCCGGCCCGACUCGUCUGGGCAUGGCGCGGCAGCUGCGCCUCGAGGUGACCAUGGCGCUACGGCGCCAAUGUCUGACACACGCUUUGCGCUUCUGACGACCUUUAUUCUGACACUGGCGUACUUUACCGCGUUAUCAGUCAGCAGCUUGGACCGUGUCUUGGCAUUCGUCGGAAGCACGGGCUCAACAUCCAUCAGCUUCAUCCUGCCCGGGCUUUUCUACUAUAAGAUCAGCGAUCCCGAUAGUCCGUACCAUCAGCGACUUUUGAAAGAAGAUGAUGACAUGGAGGGUUCAGGAACGUCCGACAUGGAGGAAUCGGCUCCGCUCGCGGAGAGCAGCAUCCGGGCCUUGGGUGGCUCCUCGACCAUUACAAACGCAAGCCCUUGGCGAUGGCGAAGAAAGUGGCGAUGGGACUUGGAGCACCUCGAUCAUGGUUUGGUCAGAAGACUUGCGCUCGCGUUGGCAGUGUAUGGUGUCGUUGUUAUGGUGGUGUGCUUGAUCAUGAACAUUUUCUUUGCAGCGUCACAUUAG